UACUUCGUUUUCAAAGUAGUUGCUCUAAAUUUUCAGUGCACUGCAAGUGAACUCGCUCCCAGAAUGCGGCAAUGAAAAUCCUUUUCGACGCGACUCAAAUCAACUCUACUCCCGGCUUUUCCCCACCCCCAUUCUUCAUUUGACAGCAUUUUGAUGCUUCCGCUUGGAAUUUAUGUGACACUUGCAGUGCCAUAGAUCAGGCUGCGGGGCAAGGCACGAGACUGCUAGUUUCUGCCGGCAUAUCCUCGUUUUUAUUACCUCCUUGCUACUUGCGCUGCCGAUGUUGCUGCUACUGCUGCUGCUUUUGUGCGGACGCUUGAUUUCCUCGAGCAAAUUUGAUCAACUGAAACAAGCGAUAAACGGGUGGCAGUGACAGACAUUUGAUCGCAUUUGGUUGCUGUUAGUGGAUCGAAAUAACCAUACAACUCCCAGCCGUUCACCAUGAAGCUGCUAGUUUGGUUGUGCCUCCUCGGCUGUUUGGCUAGUGCUAGUGCCCUUUUACUUCAUGAGGAGGACAGGGAUCUAUUGACUAAAAUACUGCCCACCGAUUCCAAAACGCAAAACAGCAGCACCAACAGCACAUCGCGAGAUUCUGGUGGAUUCAUUCUACAAUCGAUCGAAGAGACAAUAAGAUUUAUUGAUCAUACCUGGAGAGACUUUAGAAAUGGAGUGUUGGGGUUAAUGGGGUUCGGAAGUGACAACAAUAACUCGUCUAACACAACAUCAACAAGUACAACAACAAGUACAACAACAGGUACAACAACAAGUACAACAACGAGUACAACAACGACUACAGAAGCAAGUACAACAACGACUACGGAAUCGAGUACAACAACGACUACAGAAGCGAGCACAACAACGACUACAGAAGUGCCAUCUACUAGUACAGAAAGUACUACGCAGCCACAGUAACCAGUACCUUAGCUCCAUGAAAAGAAAUUCUGUUGGUUAACCUUCGCAUCGGAUAUUGCUCGUCAUUGUUUGCAUUCCAGCAGCUUUGCACGGGUAUUUAUACAACGGGUAUAUAAAUAUAUGCGCCAGUCAGAACACUCUACGCUUCGUGUACUCAUUAUUUUGGUAUUUACGCAAAUGUUCGGGAGUUUCUACGCGGGGCAAUCCAUAAAAAGUUAUCCCUACAUCAGUCGUUGAUCGACAAUGUCUCGGCUUAGUAACUCCUUGUCCAUCCUGUUUUUAGCCAUCCAAUGUCUGGCUUUUGGAUCCCCAGCACCCACUGGGAACCCAGGGGAUAUAUCUGAUCGUCUUGUCACUUUCGAGAUGACAAUUGACAGGCACUCCGAUCUUCUACUUCCCGAACUGGAACUUCUACUGUUGCAGGCAGAACAAAAACAAGAUGAUUUAGAAGUGGUCCGCAUGCAAUUGUUGCAGUUAAACCUAAUGAAGCUCCUAAUUGCUUUGGACUGUUUUAUCUUACUCUGCAUUUAUUUCUACGCCAAAGAGGAUAAAUACCAUCAAGUGCAAGCCGUCUGAUAGAUAAUUACUAAAAGUGUUCGACAUACUCUAAGUUAUAUAAGCUUAGUGAAA